AAGACCGGCAAGGCACAGAAGCGGCGAGAGAAGCUUGCACAGCAGGACGCGGAGCGAGAGCGGCGUAUUGCCAGUGAGCUGGCCGCCCUGGGCCCCAGUGACAAGGCGGUGGAGGAGGAGCAGCUGCUGCAGAUCCUGGCACCCAUGAAGCUAGGCAUCCGGGAGAUCCGGGCCGACGGUCACUGCCUGUAUCGCACUGUCGAAGACCAGCUCGCUCAGGCCCAGAGCCGCAGAGCUGUUCCCGACUACCUUGCCCUUCGCCGUCUGGCCGCCUCCCACAUCCGCGCUCACGCUGAGGACUUCCUGCCCUUCAUCUAUGACGAGGACAGCCCCGGCAGCGGGGAAGAGCAGCUGGAGGGGUACUGCCGGGAGCUGGAGGAGACCGCCGUGUGGGGGGGGCAGCUGGAGCUGGGGGCGCUGGCGCAGGCGCUGAGGAAGCAGAUCAAGGUGUAUGCUGCCGGGCUACCCCCGGUGACGUUGGGCGACGAGCACGCCGAGGAGGGGGUGUUGCAGCUGUGCUAUCUGCGCCAUGCAUUCGGACUGGGGGAGCACUACAAUAGUGUGGUGCCGCUGGGGGGAGGGGCCGGGAGGGGAGAGGAUGUCCGAGGGUAG